CGGGACUUCACCCGCAGCUGCGAGACUCCUCUAUUCCCGGAAGGCUCCCCACACCUGCUGCGGCUGUGCCCCAUCUCCCCGCAGCUGCGGCGCUGAGCACCCCCAUGUCGAGAGGCUGAGACCAGGACAGGUGCAGGGCUUUCCCACUCACCCCCGAAAGUCCCCCUCCUGAGGUUUUCCUCUGCAAGUCUGUGUUGGAGGUAGAGAAAUAGCAUGUGGGGUUUAUGUGCAGGUCCUCCCCAGGCUCCGCUCCAUCCCCUAAAGCUCCAUUUCCUAGCCCAGCAUCCUAUUUUGGUAAAGCCCUUCGAAGUGAGCCGCAGCAGGAGGGCUGUGCUGAAUCUUUAGUGCCACCCCUCUGAGGAAUGGUAUCGUUUCCUACUCCUCAAAAGUACCCCCGAUGGCCCCAGCCUUUCCCUCAUUUCCCCUAAUACUCCAACUUCGAAAGGCUGGGGAGUGUGAAGCUAAGCUAAACCACUGAAGUUUAACCGGGUUUGAAGAGACCCCCCCCCCAACCUGCUUCCCCAAACUGGGCUGCUAACCCCAAGGCCUGGUCAGGAGAGACCCUACCUCCAUAGGCAAAGGGGUUGGAGGUCCUCAAUUCUGGAUUUCCACGUGCAGCAGCCCUGACCAACCCUCCAACAGGCCGAGAUCCAGCCAUACUUCAAUGGAUCCCAGGGGUAUCUUGAAGGCAUUUCCCAAGCGGAAAAAAAUUCAUGCUGAUGCGUCAUCAAAAGUACUUGAAAAGAUUCCCAGGAGGGAAGAGGGAGAAGCAGAAGAGUGGCUGAGCUCCCUUCGGGCCCAUGUUGUGCGCACUGGCAUUGGACGAGCCCGGGCAGAACUCUUUGAGAAGCAGAUUGUUCAGCAUGGUGGCCAGCUAUGCCCUGCCCAGGGCCCAGGUGUCACUCACAUUGUGGUGGAUGAAGGCAUGGACUAUGAGCGGGCCCUCCGCCUUCUCAGACUACCCCGGCUGCCCCCGGGUGCUCAGCUGGUGAAGUCAGCCUGGCUGAGCUUGUGCCUUCAGGAGAGGAGGCUGGUGGAUGUAGCUGGAUUCAGCAUCUUCAUCCCCAGUAGGUACUUGGACCAGCCACAGCCCAGCAAGGCAGAGCAGCAUGCUUCUAUUCCUCCUGGCACCCAUGAGGCCCUGCUUCAGACAGCCCUUUCUCCUCCUCCUUCUUCCACCAGGCCUGUGUCUCCUCCCCAAAAGGCAAAAGAGGCAGCAAACACCCAAGCCCAGCCCAUCUCUGAUGAUGAAGCCAGUGAUGGGGAAGAAACCCAGGUUAGCGCAGCUGAUCUGGAAGCCCUCAUCAGUGGCCACUACCCCACCUCCCUUGAGGGAGAUUGUGAGCCUAGCCCAGCCUCUGCGGUCCUGGAUAAGUGGGUCUGUGCACAGCCCUCAAGCCAGAAGGCAACCAACCACAACCUCCAUAUCACAGAGAAGCUGGAAGUUCUGGCCAAAGCCUACAGUGUUCAGGGAGACAAGUGGAGGGCCCUGGGCUAUGCCAAGGCCAUCAAUGCCCUCAAGAGCUUCCAUAAGCCUGUCACCUCGUACCAGGAGGCCUGCAGUAUCCCUGGGAUUGGGAAGCGGAUGGCUGAGAAAAUCAUAGAGAUCCUGGAGAGCGGGCAUCUGCGGAAGCUGGACCACAUCAGUGACAGCGUGCCUGUCUUGGAGCUCUUCUCCAACAUCUGGGGAGCUGGGACCAAGACUGCCCAGAUGUGGUACCAACAGGUCCAGAAAGCAGCCCAGGCCUUUAACUCCGGGCUGCUGUGUGUGGCAUGUGGUUCAUACCGACGGGGAAAGGCGACCUGUGGUGAUGUCGACGUGCUCAUCACUCACCCAGAUGGCCGGUCCCAUCGGGGUAUCUUCAGCCGCCUCCUUGACAGUCUUCGGCAGCAAGCAGUCCCCUCUGUUGGGCCAGGGUUCCUCACAGAUGACUUGGUGAGCCAAGAGGAGAAUGGUCAGCAACAGAAGUACUUGGGGGUGUGCCGGCUCCCAGGGCCAGGGUGGCGGCACCGGCGCCUGGACAUCAUCGUGGUGCCCUACAGCGAGUUUGCCUGUGCCCUGCUCUACUUCACCGGCUCUGCACACUUCAACCGCUCCAUGCGCGCCCUGGCCAAGACCAAGGGCAUGAGUCUGUCAGAACAUGCCCUCAGCACUGCUGUGGUCCGGAACACCCAUGGCUGCAAGGUGGGGCCUGGCCGAGUGCUGCCCACUCCCACUGAGAAGGAUGUCUUCAGGCUCUUAGGCCUCCCCUACCGAGAACCUGCUGAGCGGGACUGGUGACCCAUGGGCUGGGGGUGCUGAGGAGAGCCGAGUUGGACUGGCUACCCCUCCUGGCCACCCAGUACUCUCUCCAGCCUCAGCUGGCCGAACCUCGCCGCACUAACCACCAGCUUCCUCAGCGAGCAGGGCCCAGGGCUCUGGGCCUGAAGCAAGAGCCAGCCUGGCUCCCAGUGUCUGCCCAGCCCUCUCCCAGACAGGAGCAGGCUGCCACCCCUUCUACCUCACUGCUGCCCCUCGAAGAAUUUUGCAAAUGGCCCCUUGUCCCAUUUUAAGCAGGAGCAGGUGGCUGGUUUGAAGCCCCAGGUAUCCCCCUUCCCUGCUAUGGGAAAGGCCAAGCUGCUGGGUGGGGACAGAAGCUGCAGGGAAGAGGGAAGCAGCUGUGCUGUCAACAUCGUCCCGCACCCUCUGGGGUAGGAGAACAGCCAUUCCACACGUGUUCCCUCUAUCCAUCCUGCUUCCUGGGCAGCUGGUGGUGCUGGGAAUGGGGUGCCCCAGCCUUGGUGAGGACAGUGUUGGGAGGCCCAGGGACCCAGUAAAGUGCAUUUGACAUUGAA